UCUCUGGACUCGCUGAGAAGGUGAACUCAAAAUGUGGCUGUUGGAGAAGAUCCGAGGCUCAGUGGAGAACGGAGGCUCUCGAGCGAACGAGGCCGGAGACAAGCAGUCCAAGGGCCCCAUGUACAGCAAUGUCCUGACCCCGGAUAAGAUCCCCGAUUUCUUCAUCCCCCCGAAGCUCCCCACAGUGCCCCCGGAGGCAGAGGGGGCGGAAGCGAAGGCCAAGCCCAACCUGGGCACCUCGGCCUCGGAGCAGAACCUCUCGGGGCGCAAACCCCAGCGCAGCCCCCGGCUGCCGGUGAAGACUGUUUCGGAGAGCAAGAACCUCCUCAAGGCCGCCAGUCGGCACAUUAUUCAGAUCGAGAGCGCGGACGAAUGGAUGUCGGAGGAGGACUUCAGCACCAACGCGGACCCUCAGUCGCAGACGGCCAUGUCGUUGCCCUACGUGCCGAAAGCCCAGACGUCAUAUGGCUUUGCGACGCUCAUGGAGAGCCCUCACACGCGGCGCAAGGAGUCACUCUUUCACAGCGAGCACACCAGCUUGUGCGGCUCCCAGGCCUCCUCGCCCAGCUCCCAAAGGAAGUCUGGCGGGAGCAAAGCGAACGGGGAAGGCGCUCACCUUAACCCUUCAGAUAUUAACAUGUCUCUUAUGAACCCUUACCGCUACUUCAGUGGCGGGGAGAGCGAUACCUGCUCAUCCGCCGAAUCGUCCCCCUUUGGUUCUCCGUUGCUUUCGAGGUCAGUGUCUCUCCUCAAGGUCUUCAGCCAAGAGAGCCAGUCGAAGGUCAUCAAGCUCAAACAUUCGGUUGCCCGGAACAGCUCCCUAUCCACGGAUGACAGCUCAGCCGACACCAGCCCCAGCUCACAGCGGCGCAUGCGCUGUGCCACCCCGCCAGCUGGGGCUGCAACCGGGGGUGUGCAGCAGCAGCCGGCGGCCCCUUCCGAUUCCCAAAACCGACUCCACAAAGAGCACACGAUCAACUUGAGCAAAGGAGGAAGCAUGCGCCUGGCAGCGGAGUACGACCCCGCCAACGCCCGCUUGCGGAUACGCGUCAUCACCGCCGAAGACCUUUACGACAAACACUGCGACGCGCGGAGCAUUAACUGCUGCGUGGCCCUCUACCUGAACCCCGGCAAGCUGCAGAAGCAACGGAGCACCAUCAUCAAGAACAGCCGCAACCCCGUCUUCAACGAGGAUUUUUUCUUCGACGGCCUGGGGGUCAGAAAUGUCCGGAAAAUGUCCCUCAAGGUCAAGGUGGUGAAUAAAGGCAGCAGCCUCAAGAGGGACACCCUGAUGGGCGAGAAAGAGCUCCGCCUCACCUCUUUGCUCCCCUUUUUAUAAAGCCUCCCUCGAAUGUCCGUCAGUCACGCCUGUCCCUUGAUGGUCCCUUCCUCUGCCCGUAAACAAGGGGUUGGAGACCACUAUAAAGGCUGGUGGUGGCCGGUGUGUGUUCCCCCCAAUGGCCAUUGCAUGCACGGGGUGGGGAGGGUGGAGCCUCGCAGCAUCUUAGGAAUCUCGGAGGCCCUUUCCUGGUGGGGCCUCGGAAUGCGUACGUCGGGAGACACCCGUUGAGCGAGAGGAUGGAGAGAGAUUCCAGUGAGUCUUGUCGUACUGCCGAGGUCAAGGGCCCGAAAUGGGGAGCGGCCCCUUAAACCCAGUUGCCCUAGGAGUGGGAGGUGGGUGCAUGCCUGUACCACGUGUACAUCCCCUCCUGGUUUCCCCGGAAAUGCAUGCAAGGAAGCAGACCCGGCGCCUUCCGCUUUUGCGAUUGCAUGCUUCUUGUGCCUGAAUAUGCCCGACCCAGCAGUACCCACCCUAUCCAACGGGAAGCGGUUUGAUUGCCUUAUGGGAAGAGGAGAGUCGCGGUCUAUGUAAACCUCAUUGCCUUAUUACCUUCCGCAAAUCCGGAGCUGGGUUUGCAAGCCAGGGGGUGGUGGUUGUUUGCGCAAGGAAGGUGCGACAACUACGGGAGGGAGUGGGAAAACAGGGAGCCCUUUGCGAAUCUUGCUGAGACCAAAAACGCCAGGGGAGGGGAUCGUCCCCACGGUAUACCUCAUGCCUGCUUUGGCGCCGGCGGAAAUCCAACAGGCGUGUAAGGGUUCUGCGAAGGGGAGCGGUGGCCCGGUUGGGUUUGUUUGGGUUAAGUAGCCCUUUGCACCAGGGCAGCCUCCCGCUAGGAAAACAAACAACGGCCACAGGCAAAACCGCACCGGUGGCAGAGCAGCCAAACAGUCACUGGUAAUUUGGCCGCCCUGUUUUGAAAGGGGGCAGGCGGGUGCCCCAGGAACACGGGAAAGAGCCGCGUUAGUAACCCGGCUGCUAUUGCCGUGGGCCAUAAAUGGUCAGCUUCAGCAGUUCCCCAAGGUCUGGGGGGCGGGUGGGGGGAGAAAGGUCCUUUAGCUGGCUUGCUGCUGCGAUCUUUUAGACAUAAGAUGGCAGGGAACAAACCCCAGGGCCUUGUAUAAGCUACGGCUCUCUAGGGACAAAGAAAAGAAAUGUAUUGGAGGCUUUCACGGCCGGAAUCGCUAGGGUAUUGUAGGUUUUCUGGGCUGUGUGGCCGUGUUCCAUACAGGCUGGAAUACCCACAACACCCUAGGAAAAAAAUGUUUGGCACUCUCGCAGCUUUGCCCUGGAGACUUCCGCACGUCCUUUUUUAAAAAAGUUUCAAGUGCAUCGGUCGCCUUUCUUCACCCUGCUCUGCUGCCCCGUAGAGGCAAAGAAUGCGAUUCCUGGGAUGUCGUGCGGUUUCCGGGCUGUCUGGCCGUGUUCCAGCGGCAUUUUCUCCUGACUUUUCGCCUGCAUCUGUGGCUGGGGAUCCGUCUCUGCCCUUGCAAGUCGAAAUCGUCCCCUGCUUCGGGUGGCACCUCAGUGGCAUGAAGUUAGAAAUUGUUUGACAAUCCCUAAUGGUACAUCCCUAAACCACGAUCCUCUGAAGAGGCCAGCCACAGAUGCAGGCGAAACGUCAGAAGAAAAUGCUGCUGGAACACGGCCGCGCAGCCCGGAAACCACACAACACCCCAUUGCGAUUCCUGGUUUUCAAAGAAAUAGUUUCUUCUGUAGCUUGCAGCUCGUUGGAGAGAAAGCAAAGGUCUCUGGGCCCAAACUCUUUCUGGGAGUCACCUUAACUACGACCACAGUACAUUUAAAAAAAAAGACUUCUUAUUAUCACUGUGCGCAGAGGCUAAAUGUGGCAGCUCGUUGAGGGGAAAUACACUCUGCAGAUGCUCGAUGCGUUUCCUUACAAAUCCACAUCUGGAGCCCACAUCUGUCAAGGAAGCCCUUGCUACUAUUUCCAGCUGUUAGGGCUUGUCCACGAAGGCCAUUCAUAUUUGUGCAUGCUUGCCGGCCUUUUCUUUUCCUAUCUUCCGGUUUUGAUUUCACUUGAGCCUCGAUACUGGAAAUGACCUCUUGAUCUCGGCCCUUGCAAGUCGAAAUCAUCCCCUGCUCCUGACGGCCCGCACCUCAGUGGCAUGAAGAUAGAAACUGUUUGGCAGUCCCUGAUGGUACAUCUCUAGCCACGACCAGACCAGAAGCAUGGAGAAUUCUGUUUUGUGCCAGGGGUUGCAGAGAGCAAAAUACGCCCCCCCCCCUGCACAAGAGAACCACACAAACUGGACAUAGCCGCUGUGGGAAAGCUCAGUCAAACCACGAAACUAACAGCCGACCUUGGGGCCAGUUCAGCAGACGACAAAAUUGCUUAAUUAGAAACGAGAGGAAGACCGAAGCUACACCGGUGAUUCCUCCGCUCCCUGAUUUAGACAUUUUGGCAGAGACUUAUCCAGGCGUUGGAAGAACGAUGCUGUUAAUCGACGCCUUUGCGAUUUUCAUUUUGACAGCGUUUCAGGCCGCAGGUUUUUACGGUGGGCGGGUUGAAGUGGCUCAGCGGCCCAGAGGAGUGGUCACAGUGUGAUUAUACUUGGCCGGGUGCAUCUUUUCCCUCUCCGCAGAAACCCUUUUCUUCUCAAUGGGGCGGGUAAUGGCAAUUUCCCCCCCUGCCUCAAGGCUGUUUUUCAGUCUCAGCCCCUACCCCGCCCCCCCUUCAGUUCCACUCCAGCCACCAAAGAGAAUAAACAGAUCGGUUGGUUGGUUUCAAACUGCUGCCGAGGAGAAACAUGCAAAGGGAAUGGAAAUAACGUUGCUGUAAGUUCGCAGCUGGGGGCAGGCAGAGCAGGGGAGAAUUGGUGGUUUCUGCCAAAUAUAACGGGUGUAGGUUGUUAUAUAAACUGUUUGUGUGUGUGUGGGGGGGGGACUUUGUACAGGUCCUGUUCCUAGAACAAGCUUGGCCCGUUUUAUUCCCCCCAACCUGGGAUUUUCGAAAACCACUAAACCCAGUGGCGUAGCUACAAGGGGACGGGGUGGGGGUGUGCGCCGUG